AUGGAGACACUUGUUUUGAAUACAUCCCUGAAAAAGGCAACUGUGGAGGAGGAUGUGGAUCGCCCAACUCCAGGUUUCAACGAAAUUCUUGUCAACGUUCGCGCAGUAGCGCUGAAUCCAGUAGAUGAGCUUUACGUUUCCUCACCGAUUGCAGCUCAACAGAAACGAAUUGUCGGCACUGACUUUGCUGGAGUUGUUGUUGAAGUUGGAUCAGAGAUCAGCGAUUUGUCUGACCCCAGAGUCAAGACUGGGGCGCGAGUCGCUGGUUUUCUCCAAGGCGCUUCCUCCGUGAAUGAUCGACCUGGAGCUUUUGCAGAAUACAUCGCCGUUUCUUAUGAUCUUGUAUGGAACGUACCUGAUGAUCUGACUUUGGAAGAGGCUUCGACGAUCAGCAUGUGCGGCUUGACCGCUGCCCAGGCUUUAUUCGGUCGGCUCGGCUUACCAAGUCCCUUUUCCCCAGGCCGUUCAGUACCGCUCGGAUACAAGGACAUAAUCAUCAAUCUUUUCAUCUAUGGAUCUUCGACUUCGGUUGGACUAUAUGGUGCACAGCUCGCUCGUAUCGCUGCCAGGGUAUCGGGAAUAGCUAUUCGAUUGAUAGGCGCGGCUGGUUCAUCUAAGCACCAAAUGCUUCGAGAUGAGCCCUACAACUAUGAUGUCGUUGUGGACUAUAGAGAUGAAGACUGGGUUCAAAAGGUGAAAGACGCUACAAAUGGGAGUGGUGUGGAUCUUGCACUGGACUGUAUCUCGGAGGGUCAGACAGUAUACAAUACCCACGAGACUUUGGCUCCUUCGGCAAAAUUCGCUGUCAUUCGCGGCCCAGUCGGUGGGAAGUAUGACCCAGCACUCUUAAAUGUCAAACCUACCUAUGGCGCUGUCUGGGAAGGUCUCGGUGUUGAAGUUGGAUAUAAUGACGCAGUUAUCCCGGCGAAUCCAGAUGCCCAUGCGUUCGCAAAGGAGUUUUACAACUUCUUGAGUCAGCCACUGCCAUCAUGCAGGGCACAGCUCGAGCCAAAUCCAGUGAGAUUGAUGCCUGGCGGUCUUGAAAGAGUAGUCCAGGACGGCUUUACUCUUCUUGGUACGGGUUUAGUCAGUGAGAGGUCAAAGGUUGAGAGAUCAGAAGAGUACAUGCGCCCAAUUAGUGCUGAGAAGUUGGUGUAUAGUCUUUGA